AUGAAUCUUGGAGAUACAAUCAAAGAUGAAAAUGAAGCAUCCCUGCAAGAUCACGCCAGGGCAAUGAUUUUCAUUCACCAUCAUCUCCCAGAAGAACAAAAAACUGAAUAUCUUACAAUCAAAGAUCCACUUGUCCUAUGGAACAAUUUAAAGGAGAUGUAUGAGCACCAGAAGACUAUCAUAUUGCCAAAAGCCCGUUAUGAUUGGUUUCAAUUAAGAUUGCAAGACUACAAAUCAGUUAGUGAGUACAACUUGGCUUUGUUUAAAAUUGUUUCACGAUUAGAAUUAUGUGGAGAAAAAGUUACAGAAGAAGAUAUGUUAGAAAAAACAUACUCCACUUCCCAUGCUAGUAAUUUGCUCCUGCAGCAACAAUAUAGAGAGUGUGUGAUUGGUUGCAAUUAA